AUCAAAUAUAUAACAUUAACUUUGCUGUUUUAUCAAGACAAAUAACAAUAAUGGUCAAAAUUUUAAAAGAAAAAAAGCACCAGAUUGAUAAUAGUAGUAAUUCUAAUAGUGAAAGUAGUAAUGAACCUACUGGUCAUUCAUUUACUGGUAUUUGGAGAGAAAUUGAAUUAGGUAAAGAAGUAUCUCAUGGAGUUUACAAGGGAAAAUAUAUUCAUUGCAAUAAGGAAUUUAAACAUGUUAAAUUUAUUAAGACUAGAGCUUAUAUUGCAUAUAAAUGUUCUAGUUGUCCUAAGCAUAUUAAGCAAUAUUAUAAUUAUAUAAUCACAAAUAAUCUUUUUGAUGAUCCAAAUGUUGAAAAUUAUACAAUACCAAUUAUAGCUGUUUCUGAAGUCAAGUCACUUAAAUCUACAGCUCAAAAAAAAAUCUAA